CUGACGAACGAGGAGCAUAAGUGGGAGGGGGCACCCGCAAGUGUUUCUCGGCCAACAUCCACGCACGGCACCGCAAGGUAGAACAGCUAAUUGCAGUUGUACCUGCGUCACCUGUGCGCCGUCGCGCUCGCGAAUUCGUUUCCGCGUUUCGGAGUCGUUCUCCAAAGUCGCCUUUUCGCAUUUUCGCGCCUUUCGUUUGCGUUCUUUCUUUAGAAUAUCCUCGCGAAUUAUUUCUUCAAAUUGCAACGAUGCGACGAGGCUCCGUCAGUAGUUGGCAGUCCUAUGGAAUGCGAAAUUCUGACUGCAUGAUGCAGACAUACGAGGGUAAUACCGCAUUGCCUCCGCCCUGCGAGGAAAUUGUCCACCAACGAAAGGGUGGGUGGUUUUUAACGUACAAAAAAAUUCUCUCCUUCAUUGUCCUGUUCGUAAUCGUUGUGGUCGUCGCCGGUCUGAUCGGAUGGAACAUUGGCACAAUGCCCAAAACGAGAAUAUACGAUCCAUUAGCCCUUAUUGAGGAGGAGGUGGAGGAAGGGGAGGAUGACGUGACGGCCACAAUAUCGCCUUUCGUUCAUCCCACGAGAUAUAGUCUCGAGUUGACGGUGUCGAACGAUGUCAACGUGACGUCGAAGCUGAAAGGGCGAGUUGUCAUCGAAUUUCGCGUGGAUGAUACAACGCCAUUAAACCAAUUGUCUCUGAAUGCGAGAAACAUCACGGCGACACGUUAUAAGUUGUCGCUCAUAGAAGAGAACGGUGCGCGUGCGAAAAGGAGGCGUAGGAGACGCGCCGAGGAGAACGAUACAGGCGGCCAAGGAAACGCUGCAGACAAUGCCACCACUUUGGCUCCCACUGUGACGUCAUCUCCGCAAUUGGAAAAUCAGGAAACAACGCGCGUCGCUGUUACGGAUUAUCCUCUAGGAAACGCGACCGUUUCGGCCAACGAAACUUCUCCGAUGACGAACGAGAGCUCGUCCGUGCCCGAUGAGAAAAUUACGGUGACUACGAACGCGACGACGACGUCUGGACCGGUGAUGUUCGCCACGGUAACUUCCGGUAACGGUAGCGCAACCAACGACGUGGAGAUCCAACGAUACGAGGUGGAUGCUAAUAACGGAUUACAUGUGAUAUAUCCGGCCGUCGACAUAAGUCCGGGAAUGUAUAGCUUAGAGAUCGAUUACGAGGCUCUACUUGACGGCAAGGCGAUUUAUUCGGCGAGCUUCGGCGAGUCCGGCGACGGAAAUAGAUCGUUUAUCGGGACGUGGUUGAAACCUGUCGGAGCCUCGCAUCUUUUGCCUAUCUUCGACGACGUGAAUCUCAAGGCUAUCUUCUCGGUGUCCGUGGUACAUCCGCGCGAAAUGAGAGUCCUGGCGAACAUGCCUCUCAAUAUCUCCAAAGACGUAUCGGAUGAUCAAGUGAUCGACAUCUUCAGCGAUACUCCGCUAUUUUCGCCUCACAAUCUGGCUAUCGUAAUGGGCGAGGUUGAGUCGUUAGCCGAGACGAAAACGGGGCUCGAUAACGCGACAGGGGUGACAUUCUGGGGCGAUCCGAAGAGGCGAUCACGGGGAAUUUACCUUCUCGACAAACUCGACCAAAUUGUUGUACGUUUGAACGACAUGUUCUCGAUGCCUUAUCCGCUACCGAAAUUGGAUAUCGUCGCAUUACCGUCGCGAAUCAUCGAUAACGCCGGAAGCCCGGGAUUAAUAUCAUUGAAGCAAUCGCUCUUCUACGCCGCGGAUCGAUCUCCCAUGGUCACGAAGACGGAUGCGUUAAGCGCUCUGAUAAGCCUGAUAGGAGAACAAUGGCUGGGCGGCGUCGUGAACAUGAAGAACUGGACGGACAUUUGGCUAUUUGAAGGCACCACUCUGUAUUUGCGACACGCGAUAAUCGAGAAGAUAGAUUCGUCACUGGGUUCCAAUCAUGCCUUCCUCGCUAACGUGCAAUGGGACGCCAUGGAAGAAGAUGGUUACAGCGUUUCGAGGCCGCUGCAAUCGAACGUCAAUCCUCUCCAUUUGGAUUUCUCGGAUGACGAUGCUCGAGAUAAGAAAGGUGCAUGCUUGAUUCGCAUGUUGCAUGGCGUGAUAAACGAUACCGCCUUUAGGAACGGCUACCGGAAAUUCAUAGCGAGGUGGAACUAUUCGACGGCGAGCGUCAACGACUUCUGGGAGACGAUGGCGGAAGAAACUAUCGGUCUACCCGCGGAAAUCACGUUGUCCGAAGCGAUGAACUCGUGGACUUCGCAUCGUGGAUAUCCGAUUGUCAGCGUCAUGAGGAAAUACAAGGAGGGCACCGCUGUCAUUCGCCAGCAAAGAUUUACGUAUGACCAAUCACCAGCCGACACUCAACCGACGUGGUACGUACCGCUUGACUAUAUUAACAAAACGAGCAAUGAUUGGUCAUCUCCGACAAAGACGUGGUUGCAUUCCGAAACGGAAAUGGUGGUGCAAAACGUUGGCGCUCAAGAUUCCUGGGUUGUGUUCAACGUGAAUAAAACAGGUUAUUACCGUGUGCACUAUGACGAGGAAAAUUGGAAGCUCCUGACGCAGGCCCUCGAGGAAAAUCACGAGGCCCUUCCGGCUGAAACCAGAGCGUCGCUCAUCGACGAUGUACUUGGACUCGCCGCGGUCGGCUUGACGAAAUACGCGACCGCUUUCGACUUUAUUAAAUAUAUGCAAAUGAAGGAACGGCAUUACGCUCCCUGGGGUGCUCUGAUGCGUCAUCUGUUGAAGUUGAACGGUCUCCUUUACGAAACAUCUGGCUUUAGUGCCUUUCAGGAAUUUACAUUAAAGUUUACCUCGAAAUUGUACUCAGACAUGGGGUGGAAAAUCGAGGAGGGAUCGCGUCUAACUUUGACCGCUCUCACGAUAGCGUGCGCGUUCGAGAAUGCGGAAUGUCUCGAGUGGGCCAGGACUCAUUUUGAGAAACUGAAGGAUCGUUCCGACGUAGACGAAGUUGUACCGGCAUACGCACGCGAAGUGCUGUACUGCACGAUCGCAAGAUACGGCACGCGAAACGAGUGGAAUUACUUCGUCGAGAGGGUAAACUCCACCGCGGAUCACGAUGAAAGGAAUCGCCUUCUUUCGGCGUUUGCAUGCUUCCAGACGCCGUGGAUUCUACAAUCGAUACUUAGCGAGAUUCUCGAAGGGAAGAUGUACGACGAGGACGAGGCGCAAAGGAUCUUAAGAAGUUUUCCGCAAAAUCCGGUCGCUGCGCAAAUCGCCUACAAAUUCGUGCAAAAUAAUUGGCAGGUUAUCGUCACAAGAUUCUCAAAAUCACGUCCGAUCUUAAAAGCUUUCGCGCUGGCGAUGACGAACGGCUUGAUCAGCGAGGAGGACUUUGAGGACUUUCAGACCUUCAGCGAGGAUAAUCUUGAAAGCAUAAAGGUCGUGGGGUACACCAUGGCGAUGGUCGAGGCGCACGCUAAAUUCGCGAUAAAGUGGUUGAAGGAAUCCUUGCCGGAGGUGCAGGAGUGGCUAACGGCGUACAAUUCCACGGAGGUAUCGGUAUGAAUAUAUAAUUGCCAGAUCCGAUUCGGGGUGCAAUAGAACGAGGGACAACGUGUCCCACGUACGCCCUGUAAUCGAUUCGCCUUAACCGCAUAUUCGCACGGCGCUCGGCCGACUCGCAUGGCGAGAAAGAAAACUGCGCGAGACAACUUUUCUACGACAACAAGUUUUAUUUUCUCCGUAUGCUUUUGUCAAGCAUGAUUACAAAACCAAGCAACAAGAAUCUCGUCCUUACAUCGUGUAGCCUUAGAACGACGUUCGUUAGUACAUAAUUAGUUAGUAAGUACAUAUUUAACAAACGAUAUACAUAAUAAUCGUAUCUAACGGUGGUAAUUAUUAUUUCCAAUUUAAACUCCUCUCCCCCCUGCCCUCCCCCUGAAUUCUCGCUCAUGUUAAUGGCGCUCUAUUACUAUACGGUAUGCUCGUUUUAUAACACACUAUGUUACCGUUUUACAAUAAUCUAUCCGUACCGUCCUUACACCCUUCUCUCGUCUUUUUAGCCUAACUCGUACUUUAAAUGCGUUUAAGUGCGAUACUCGCAAGCUAUCAAAUACGCAGUUCAAGGAACUGCAAGCGACGACUUAUCGUCGCUGCACGAUUGGGACUCGGGCCGUUGGAGAUUGAAAAACCGAGGCCCGGUAUUAAAAUUGCAGUUCUAAACACGCGCACCUCGCGCAUGUCGAGGGCCCUACGAGACGAGUUAAAGUCGCGGAGCUGCACAGCGCCGAUUUUAUAUAUAUGCCUCGGCGGCGUCCAAGCCACUUUUCACAAUGCAUUUAGCGCUAAAUGCGACCUUUUCUUAAAAGCCGCGUCUCUGCGCGCACUUUACAAAUACGCACGUUUAACGCCAAAUGUGUGCAGCCGCCUGUUUUUUCACUUCUAUAUUGAGAAAAAUAUAUCCUCUCGGGCUAGCUACAAAAAUGAAAUUAAAAGUUAGUCGCGUACAACGCUAACUGUGACCGUAAAAUUUUCAUUUUAUGUUAUGCGUUAUGCGAGAAUCUCGUAUUGAACUCAGCGCAUUUGGUGCUAAAUGCGCAUUUAUCUGUCGGCAAAUAAAAUUUCUCGAUACACGAGAAUUAUUCAAAAAAUGUUUUUAUUUCCCGGUCUCUCAUAUACGCUGCAGAGAUUAUUUUCGAAACGAGACGUAUCUACUUCUAACGAAGGACUGUAUUGCGCUCGAAGAUUUUUUUCAAUUUCACUGCGUCAACAAUUACAAUUUUGUUAUUAAAAACGCAUACUUCGUAUGUUUCUCGCAAAGAAGAUCUAUAAAUCGGAGAGAUCAAGAUUUUUUUCUUCGGAUAAUUAUAAAUAAAAUAAUUCAUUUGACAUCAACACAGAUAUAAAGGUUCUCUUUUACUUUCGGAAAUUUUGCUUCAUAGGACACGUCUUGUCUCGUAAAUAAUCCCUUCAGUUAAUCGCUUGGAAAAGAUAUCGAUCGUUUAUUGUCUUCAUACAAUUCACUCGAUUUUAUCAGACGCAUUAUUAUCGGUGUUGCGUGUGAGCGCAUUGUCGACAUUCUAAAACGAUCGCAUAUACCUACGCAACAAUCGACACGGAUAAAAUACGAAUUAUUAGCAUUUCGUGCGCGGUUUCAAAGGAACAAGCAAACAAACAGACGCGAUUUUCAUCGAAUUCAUUUCGCGGUUUUUAAUUUCGCAUUCGUUUCAAAUGCGCGUUUCCUAUGUCAAAAAGAUAUCCCGUUCCUCGUUCAUUAUAUUUGGUCGUACCUUUUUUCCGCUGAGCGCUCUUUUUUUUCUUUUUCUCUCCCGAAUGCGGCGAGUUUCGCUCGGUGCAUUUAAUGCGAUUCCUGUUUGAUCCUUUGUACGCGAGCGUUGAGAUAAUUCCGCGCUCUUUUCAUCGUGACCAAACGCUAAUUAAUGGCGCUCGAAUUUUCGAUAAUCCUAUAUCGAGCAUUAAUUGCUGUCGAAAGCGGCGUAAAUCGAAAGGAAAUCGCGAGCAAACUUUUCUAGCGAUUGUAAAUUUUGAUGUAGACAUAAAUAAUGCAGAAAGGCGAAACGUAUCACGACACGGUUAUUACGCCAUGAUGAAGGGUUAAAAAACGUUGCCACCGAUUGCGCAGAAUCUUAUAUGUGACAAAAAUUAUGAUAAAUAAAAAGAUGUAUUCUCUUA